AAGGGUCAGUCUGCCAAAUGUGUUGAAGGGCCCAUAAGAAUCAUCAAAAUUUCCGCCAUUUUGAAGAGGGUGGUCAUUCUUAUUGUGCAAAAUUUUUUCCUCCUUUCGUUGAUUAGAUCGAUUUAUGUGAUCAUUAUAGUCGAUGUUUACUGGCAGGAAAGAAGUGCGUCAGUGUAGCGUUUUGUGACGUUUGUUUGGAAACAUGGUGCUGGCCUAGGCGCACAUAUGGAAGUUCAGACUGCGUAAAGUACUUACGUACGAACUAAUAAUGUCUUUUGUACACAUUUGUUCACAAGUGCCACAUGGUUUCUUCAGCAGGGUGAGAUCACAGACAUGGGAAGUGAGCAUUACUGCCUUAGGUGGAACAAUCAUCAAAGUAACUUAUUGGGUGUGUUCAGUCAGCUGCUUCAAGACGAGAGCCUUGUUGAUGUAACACUUGCUUGUGCUGAGGGUCAUUCAAUCCGUGCUCACAAGGUAGUACUCUCGGCGUGCUCUUCCUACUUCCAGACCCUAUUUGUGGACCAUCCGAAUCGUCAUCCAAUUGUCAUACUGAAAGACGUGCGAUUUGCAGAAUUGAGAACUCUUGUUGAAUUUAUGUACAAGGGUGAAGUGAAUGUAGAAUACUGUCAGUUGUCAGCCCUAUUGAAGACUGCAGAAAGCUUGAAAGUAAAGGGCCUUGCAGAGAUGACAAACUUAAAUUCUGCCAGGGAAGACAGGGGUGAGGGACACCAACAGCAACCAAAACACAGUGCUAACAGCAUAAACGUGCCAGAUACACCAAUGACAACAGAGGUGGCAGAAGCGACAAGACUGAUGAAUGAGGAUAUUGAUACACCACCACCUCCUGGUGGAAGCUUAUCACCACCCCCAAGUAAAAGGGCAUCUCAAGUUCGACAUGACUCUGGUUGCGAUGACAAUGAGAGUUGUGAUGAAGGUGGGGCUGGGAGGGUAGAAACACCAGAUGUUGAUGAUCUCUCCUCUGUUCAUGGUGGUUGUGCAGGACCGAGUGACAUGUCAGUAACUACUAACGCAACCUCGUGUAAUCCGCCCGCUACUGCGGUCACUGCCGCAAGCAGAUUGCCAUCACCACACAGCAGUGAGCCCAUGCCCGGCCCAUCUGGCAUGUUACCAGUGCAGCAGGUUCCUCUUUCCUUGAAGAAGGAAGUAGAAUGGGAUCGAAGUAUAGGAGACGAUAGAAGCACCGUGGGAGAAAGUUCCUCAGAUUACAGGCAUCCACAUGAACCGGGAUUAUUUAAUGGGCGUGCUGCCCAGCAGUUUUGUCGCGCCACGCAGCUGCAGUUUCAGGCAUACCAGGAUGUCAUGGUUGUGGAUGGGCGGUAUGGACCCUCGUGUGCAGUAGCAGCUGCACGGCAUCAUGGGACAGAAGCUCAGAUAAGUAAUCACAAUAGUAGAUCUUCCACACCAUUCCAGUUUCCUUUCCCACCAUUCAGCAGUAGCUACAGUGGUCCUGCUGCUGGAAGUGAGGGUGGUGGUAGUGGGGAGGGUACUAGUAGGCAGAACUGCUCGAUAUUAAGUCUUCUUCAGCAGCAAGGCCUGAUAGCUUCUCCUUUGUCAGAGGACGGAGGGAGAUCUUCUGUUGGUCCGGUGAGCGGGGGAAUGUUUCGUUGCAGCAUCUGUCUAGCAGCAUUUCCAUCAGCAUGGCUCUUGGAACAACACACGAGCCUGCAACAUGCUUCACAGCCAGGCACUGACGAAGGCGAGGGUGUUGAGGAAAAGCCCUUUAAAUGUGAUCAGUGUGGGCAGAGUUACCGCUAUCGUUCGGCAUUUCUGAAACAUCGUGAACAGAACCAUCGAGCAAGACUUCCUGCAGACAAACUGUUUACCUGCGAUGUAUGUGGCAUGCAAUUCCGAUACCUAAAGUCUUUCAAGAAGCAUCGUCUGAAUCAUGCACUUGAAAAACUGCACUCAAAAUCACCACCUGAUCUAGACACAUUUGCCAGGGCUGUGAGAAAUAACGGAGGGCCGUUUGCUGACAGGUCAGUUUUUCGAAGCAGCACAAACAUCCCAGAAUCUUCAACAGAUUACAGUAAUAAAAUGUUGAUGAUGAUGCAGGGAGGAAGCCGGCUGAAUGGUGAUGCUACGUUCUUCUCGCCAACUUUGCCAGGUGCUAGGGAGAGUGGCCGGGUGACUGCUCCUCCCAUGGCAAUGCUCCCAUCCGCAGAGAACGGCAGUGACCAGGUGUCCAGUUCAAACGAGGCUGUCGUAAGCAACGUGGCAGAUGAUAUGAACACCUGUGGUGCAUCUUCAUUUGAGCGAGCAGCAAGUGUGCCUGUAUCCAAAAUGGAGCAGCAGAACUUCUACAAAUUUUCAUUGGAUGAUUACUAUUAUGGGAGUAGCAGUAAUUUUACUGAUGCAACUAACACACUUACAAGAAGGGGCGCUAAGUCUGAUCGGAUACUGGAUGGGGAGCAGGACGAGACAAUUGAUUCUCUUGCAUUUGCACUUACAAUGGCUUCAAAUGGUGGUGGUGAUGCAUUCAGGUCUGCACAGGAAGCAUCGCUUUUUAAUUUGCUGCGCCUGGAUGCUGCUGAGAGACAGCGUGAGCGUCGUUUUGCAUGCCCAUUUUGUGGUAAAUGUGUGAGAUCUAAAGAAAACCUGAAACUUCAUGUGCGCAAGCAUACUGGAGAACGUCCAUUUGUUUGCUUAUUUUGUGGCCGAGCAUUUGGAGGGAAGAGUGAUCUGACUCGACAUCUGCGCAUCCACACCGGCGAACGUCCCUAUCACUGUGAAAUGUGCGGCAAAUGCUUUGCCCGUGCAGACUAUCUGUCCAAACACCUCACAACACACAUCCACAGCUCCCAGCGGUGAAUCUUUCAGCUUCUUCAUUCUUCAAAUAUUCUUCAUCCUAGCAAUAAAUGCUGUUUGUUUUAUGGCUGUUAUACUUUACUCAUUUGUGCUCAUUGUUUAAGAUUGGGACGAACACUUGCAGUUGCAUAUUGUGUAUACAAACAGCUGUCUCAAAUUUAAUUUCCUGCAUGAUAGUGGUACAGUAUAUUUCAAAACAAUCUCCAGAAGUAAAUUUUACUUCUCUAAGCAUACUUCUGUUACCCAGUUAUGAAUGUUUUCUCUGUUGAAAAAUAUAUGGUAAGAAAUCAAGAGCCAAGUUUUCAUAUUUGUUGUAAAGGGGUAUAACGUGUGGUCUUAAAGCUGCCGAUUCAGUUGCGUCUCUUAACAUUCUCACAGAAGAAGCAUGUACAUAAUUUAAAAUUUAAAAUUACAAUCAAGUCUAUUUGAAUGCAAUCAAAUAUAUGAAUAAUUCAUAAGCAGCUAACAAGCACUUAAUAUUUUAUACGUAAUUAUGAAGAAAGUCCGGAUGCUUAUGCCCCUCUAAACAAUAACCUUCAUGUGUGUGCUCACAAACGUAAGUGAGGGUUUAUAAGUAUACAGUAAUAUAUUUUAUGUUAAUGUUAUUUUUGUAGAUAUUUAGUAUAAUUAUUAUUGAAUAUUGCAAAUAAAUAUUACUGAACAACAGAAUAAUAAUAAUAAUAAUAUGGAAACAGAGACUAAUACUUACUGCCAAAAAGAAAUAAAGUAGAAUCUUCUGUAUGAUACUGCCUUUUCUGAGAAAAAUAAUGAGGCACAAUAAUGUUGACACUACAGGCUUCUGUAUCUUUGAGCAUUAAACUGUUGUUAGUGCCAUUGUUGUUUAGGACUAGGAUUUGUGAAGUGAAUAAUUCUAGAAGCAAUAUUGGUGGAAGACUUGAAGGAGUUUUGCCACUCCUUUUUUUACCCUCAUCGUUAUAACAAACGACUGAACUUACUAUUGUCAGUAAUAAGAAAAUGUGUUUAUUUAUAAAUGUAUUGCCAUAAAACUGCAUUAUUGUGUGUUCUGUAGUAUAUUUAUUGUAUAAAAGUGUUACAAUUUUUUAGAGAAAUGCAAUACUAUAAUGGUUUAAAGUAACAUGUAUUAUUAUACAAGAAUAUCCACCUAACGAAAGUAAUAAUUAUGCUAGCAUUGUACUAACACGCAACUUACUAACCCAACAUUGCUUAUUGAGUUUCACGAGUUAUAGAAUAAAAGCGGGAUCUUAGGUUCCAAAAUGAAACUUUUAAAGAAGUGGGCCAACACACUGUGUUUGGCAUCGCAUUUUUAAAGUUGAUAAAGAUUAAUAAACUUUUCAUCAUUGCUCAUCAUUUUAAUUGAUGUGUGCGACAGUUGCAAAGAUUUAUCUAACUGCUAAUUAACCAUCAAAAAUGCUUUUAAAUGUCAUUAUAUGUGUUAGGUAAAGAAAAAAUGGAAGCUGAAAGAAGUCGAGGGAACUAAAAGGUCUUGUAUUGUUCAUAAAGGGGCGUUAAGUGACUAUAAUUUAAAUUUACAUUUUUUCUUUGUGUAAGUUGAUUCUGUUACAAAAUAUGACAGUAAUCUCUUAUUAUUAAUAUUUACUGCUCGCACUCUGAAUGUCAAUGAAAUGAACAUGGGCUUUUCCAGUUUAACAUCACAUUGUGUGACACACACAUUAGUCAUAUUUUUGUAAGAAACUUUAAAACACAUAUGAAUAGUAGUAUUUCCAUAUGAUAAAUGAGAAUUGUACGAAAUGUAAAAGCAGGUGAGAAGUUCAACCAAAGCUCAACAAGCAGAGUAUGCAUGAAGCACGUUUGUCAGUAAAAUACUUUAUUUGAUUUGGAGUUUAAUACAUGCAGUUGUUUCUAAGAAAGCCUUUUUAUGUUAGGUGCUUGUGAUUUUUGAAAUUAGAAGUAAACUCAUUUUUUCAGUUUCUUUACAUCAUGUUCAGAUUUUUGUAUUGCAGGUCAUGUAAUGCAUGUGGGACACACAAGAAAUGCAUAUAAAGUUGUAAUUAAAACAGAAGGGAGACCUAGAUGUAGAUGGGAGGAUUAUGUCAAGAAGUAGAACAUGAGGUUGACUCGAUUCAAGUGACUCGUGACUGGCCUAGUGACAAGCUGUUUGGCAGUAAUGAACCUUCAAAUCCCAUAAAAGUCAUGGAAUUUUUGGACUAGGUAGAUGACCAUUAGCUUCUCAAGGAAGACUAUUGCAUGGGGUUAAUUAGGAUUUUCAGUCUUUACUGCAAGAAUUUUUCCAUUUAUGCAGUUCGUAUGUUCUUGAAAAGUGCCACUAAAAUAUUUAGAUUUCCGUGAGGGUUGAACUGCUUGAUGAUAAACAGACAUUUAUUUGUGUAAAAUUUGUUUAUGCUUGUAAUUAGUAUUAGCAUUUUAAGGGAUAUUUUUUCAUCAUUCUCCAUCAACACCAUGCUUUCGUCCACCAUGUUGCCUGUUGUUGAUUGUGUGACCAGUUAAAAUUACAAGUGAAAUGAUAUAAAUGAAAAUAUUUUUCAACCACUUUAGACAAAUAUGCUUAAAUUUCAGUUAUUACUACAUUGUUAAUAUCUUUUGUCAUCAAUCAGACUUUACAUUUUUAAUAUUUUCUACACCCUGGGGCAUGAGGUCUUACUUAAUAAAGUAUAAAAACUUUUGUCCAUAGGUUUUCAUGGCUGGAUUUCAGUGUAUAUUUCUGACUUUCAGGUGAGAGCCGCGUCGGGUAUCUGGUGUUAACCAACGUUUCAGUAUACACUGCAGUUGCUAUUUUGAAGGUGGAUGAGUUGGGAUCAUUACAGAAGACUUUAUAUAUAUGGUAGGCAGUGGAUGCAAGAUGAAUUUGCUGAUGCUGAUUGAUGGAGUAGAGGAGCUGGCUGCUAUCCAAUGGUAGAGGAGCACAUGGUGCAGGAAAUGUGGUGGCAAGAAAUUCACUUACUCUCCUCAAUCACGUGCUCCUCUCCCAUUGGAUAGCAGCGAGCUCCUCUAUUCCAUCAACCAGCACCAGCAAAUUCAUCUUGCAUCCACUGCCUACCAUAUAUAUAUAUAUAUAUAGAAAGUCUUCUGUAAUGACGUAACCCUGUUAGCGCCAGCAAAAUUUCCGUUUUUUAUAUUAAGACCGUUUACCAUUUCCAGCAAUGCGCCUUGUGCACAGGAUUCCGCCCUCAGUUAGCUUUUUGGUUGGUUGGUUGGCUUCUGUAAUGACCUUGUAAAUGGCAAGUGCGGUGUUUGUCGGAAUGUUGGUUAACAUCAAAUAUUGUGACACAGCUGUCUCCCAAAAUCCGAAGUUAUAUACAUACUAACUGUUUACCUUAUGUCAUUAGUCUUCUUAUAUACAUAAAAUUAUUUUUCUCAGUGAUCAUCCUGUCUGGGUUUUGUUUGUGACAACUACUGUUUUGUCAUAGUACAUUAUUUUUCUUGUAUGUCACUAUGUAAUUAUCAUUGAGGAACAGUUUCAGUGGCAUUACAUUUCUGAAUACGUGGAGGUAAUGAAGAUGCUACCCCAGUUUGUUUCAGUUUGAAUCCAAAUGUUUGAAAAAGAUUGUCAAUGUUAAUGUAGUUUACUCAAGAUGUAAGGCCAUUUUUGACUUGCUGUAAAUUUUAAUUCCAUAAACACAAUGAAAAAUUUAAAGUGGUUGAACUUUAGUAGUUAGUCUGAGCCGUCUUUAUACCAGAUAACACUUCACAAUAGCAGUUUAGGAGUAAUGCCAAAAUCCACAUGAGAAAAAUGUUACCAGCGUAAGAGAGUGAAAACACUCUUUAAAACAUUGACAGUUUUGAGCCAAAGACAUUAUACUUUAUACCUUAAUAUUGAUGUCUUUAAGACAUAAUUAUUUUGUACAAUUACCCAUCUGUGUAGCCAGAAUUUAUGGAAGUUUGAUUCCGUGCAUUGGACGUGUCAGGCGAUCACCAUGCAGCUCUAUAGCAGUAAAUAAUAGAACAGAGGUCAGUAAGAUUUCAUUGUAAAUAUGCAGAAUAUUGAUCAACAGGAAUAUUUUUUCAUGAGGCUGUUGCAGUAUUUAAGCAUUUGCAUAAUUUAGUACAUUUUAUUUCAAGAAAAUCUUGGGUGAAGAAAGGUGCAUUCACUUGUGUGAUGUCAAAGGACACUUCAUCAGACACAUUGUUUCUGAUGAACACAAAACUGAUAGAGUUUGGUACAUAUAAUAAUGGGAACAGCAAAAUUGUGUCAUUAUUUCUUAGGUGUUGAUGCGUCCUUCUGUUUUAGAAGAAUAUGUCAGCUAUCCAUAUUUAUUUGUUCCUGUCCAGCUGGCCAUGACAGCCUUACAAUGUUGAGUAGCACUGUAUGUGUAUGAUUGUAAUAUUUUUUUUCUGAUUUUCUGUAUUACAAAAUAAUUUCAGAGCAGUUAUUUGAAGGUGUUUUCUGCAUCGCUUUUAUUAUUUUUAGAAACAAUACGUCUGAGUGACUUCAUUAUUUAAACAAUGACAGUCAUUUAAUGUGUGCCCAUAACAGUUCCUUGCUACUUUAUGUAAUAAAUUUAAAAUAAUGUAAGGAAUAAUAUUUUUUGCAGUUUGUUGACAGUGUGCUAACAUAUGAGAUACAUGUUAUGUAAGGUGGAAAAUUGUUAGAAUCUGUUGAAACCAAAAGUGAGAUAUCUGAAUGCUGAUGUGUAAUAUGUAAUACAAGUACCUGUUUUGUUUCUGCACUUCAUAAUGAAAGCACUAGAAUGUAAGUUCUGUGUGGGAUUUUAAUAUUCUUUUAUACUUAAGGAAUGAAGCAUAUUAAGAAUUGCUUAUGAGUCAAGAAAUGGGCUUCAUUUUGUUCCCAUCUACUGCAAAAACUUUAAUAGCAUUCAUGUCUGCCUAUGAUCAUCAUUUUAAAAAUAAAAUACUUAUCAUAGAAUUCUGCUUUCAGCUAGUGUUAGUAUGAUGCUGCAUGUUAUUCUUUAAUUUUUAAUAAUACACUACGCAGCUCAAAAGGUAACGAUGUUGAGUCCAUACCGAUUGCUGUGGUGAUUCAUGAAUGUAUUGACUUAUACUCUCAAUGAAUGUGUGAUGUAUUUAAAUGUUACUGGAACUUAUAAGUACAAUCUGGAACAGAUUUAAGAAUUUGAACAGUGUACAUGAACCAAGGAAAUUCAUGUGCUGUGAUUGAUCCUGUGUAUUUGAUUCAUUAUUAUGCUAUGGCAGAAUCUUAUUUAUAAGAACAUAUAGUUAUUGAUGGCUGUCUUCUGGGUUGUAGCGCCGUGUAGUCUGGUAGAAGUUUACCAACAGUGAGCCUCGUCGCCCUGAUGAUAGAGGCAGCAAGGACCUCUGAAACGUUGGUAAACUUCUACCAGACUACACGGCGCUACAAUGCAGAAGGCAGCCUUCUUCUGACUUAUCCCCAUGAUAAUCUGAAAUCCUAGAUGUAAUUAUUACUCCACUUUUCUCCAUACGCUUAGCUUCGUCUUCUUUUCCCCAUUGAAAGAAGUUCGUAAUAUUGGAGUUUUCAGUGUGUGGAGGGAACAAAGGAAUUGCUCAGACAAAUUGAUUAUUAGGAUUCUUCAUUUACUAUCACCAUUAUCUCAUAUUUUACAGUUCAGUUCUCUUUUGACUUCUUGCUCUGUUAAGAGCCCAUGGUUUACCUGAGCCUAAAAUAUAGAAUUAAACAUCUGAAAUGGCGUUGAUCUGAUGUGUAUAAAAUGGCUUGUGACAAGUGAGGACUAUGCCAUCAGUUUGUUACACUUCUGGGACUUUGUUUUCUUGCUCUCUUCCUGCUGUUGGUUCAUUGCCUCAUAAUUGUGGUGUUAUGCAUAAUCUCCCUUUGCUGACAGAUUUAGAGCUUUCUUUUUUCUUCAUUGCUUUAUUGAGCUGUGCUUUCGAUGAUGAUUUUUCUGCAUCGAAGCAUAUUGGAAUGUUAUGUUUCUGUUACCCCAGCAGAUGUUAUGGUUACGUGGAUAGCACUCCUUUGUAUUUGUGAGAUACCCAUCUUGAAUCUGUGCUGGAUGAAAAGUUGUCUUGGCUGCUAAAUUGUAGUCUCCUUCAUUUUUACCAUACACAUUCCUGAAUGAUGCCUUUUAAUGGGCCACGAUGUCCGUAUAGUCUUCUUUUUUCUUCACAAAGAUUUUUGUCAUCACCUUUGUGGGGAUGUAUUGCUUUGUGUGUAGAGUCUGAAAGUGAAGAUUAUAAAUCUGUACAUCAUCCUUCACGUGCUGGUCUAGCGGGCAUACAUUUGAGACAGAGCUCUCAGUCGGAUUGAAACUGUAUUUCUUAUGAGACUUUUUGUCCCAUUAUAAAUUCGCCGCUAUUUAUGUUUUCUAUGGAUUUAAAUGGUGAUUACACUGUGCAUUUAACACCAUUGUUCUUAUUAAUAAGAAGUUGAAAUGUAUACCAAACUUGAUGGCAAAAAUAGCAAUGGUGUGCUAUAAAGUACAGAAGGAAAAUGUUCUUUCUGUGUUUUCAGAAAUUUUGUCCCAAAAACCUAUUUUCUUUGAUUAGGUUAGUACCACUGUUAAAUAUAGCCAUACUGACUUUUGUUAUACUACUUGAACCAUCAAACAAUUGUUGUUAAUAAACAUCUUAAGAUAGAAUAUGCAUGAAUCUAUGGUCUGAGUGUAGCGAUAUCAUUACCAGUAUUUAAUUUUGGCAUGUGAACAUUGUUUCUUGGAAUGUACAUGACCAUGCAUAACAGCAAAAAUGUGAGAUUACUGUUCACAUUUGUUGUCAUUCCUUAAGGUAACAUUAAGAUGGAUUAUUGGCUGUGUCUUAUUAAACAAAAUUAUAUUCAAACAUUAAAACAUUUGCGUUGUCUGGCUCUACUACUUUGCUGCAUAGUAUUUAAAACGAGCAUUUAAUUUUUAGUAAUUUAUCUAUAAACGAACAUUCCAUGUAGCCAUGAAAUAAGUCAUAAGUGUACUGUAUACUGGUCCCUAAAAUGUUUAGGACUAACAUCUUCCAUGUUAUCAUUAGUGCCACUUCAACUGCAGGAAUUGAAAAUGCUUGUAAUACCAUAUAUCAAACAUUUGUCAGUACAUUAAAAUUAUUUGAGUCACAAAAGGAAAAAUAGGCAGUUAGAAUAGAAAAUAAAUAAGUCUUACUGACCAUCCGUUACUAAUCUGUAGUCCAUAUAAAUUUAUGUAUGACAUGUCUCAAGGUCUGUCUUAUUUGUUUAAAUUGAUUAAUUUCCUUGCAGUAUUUCGACUGUAUCAGUUUAUUAUGUUACUAGCCAUCAAUGGUGUCUAUUUCUUGGCAUAAAUAUUAUUACCUGCUACAGCUUAUAUAUGUCAUCCAGAUUUGGAUCGCAGACAAUAAAAUGUCAGAAUGUGUCUGACAGAAGUGUGAGAGAGACUGACACGUCAUCCCAUUUGAUCUGAUGAUAAACCACCAUAUUCCUAUCUUUCAAAGACGAGAUUUCAUGGACUGAGUCUGCUGUUAAAGAAGAUCAUUGUUCUUCUUUUGCUUCCUACUUUGUGACAAAUUAUUCUUAGAAAUUCAUUCUUUUAAACCUUAGAAGCCAAAGCUCCUCUAAAUAAUAUUUAAGAAUUCACUUUGUGCCUCAUCUAAUUAAUAACAUCAAGGAAAUAUUACCUGUUUACACUGAGAAUCAUAUGAAACCCUUAAAUACAAAAUGCAGAGUUCAUGAUUGUUAAAUCACUUGAUACAUUAGCACUGGGCUUUGGAUUGUAUCACCAUUAAAAGAAUUAUUUUAUGGAACUGCAAAAAAGUCUGCAGAAAGUAGCAGCGAUUUGUAUACAUUGCUGGGAUGUGAAUAACUGACACUUUCUGCAGUUAGUGUUGCUGCCAUAAGUGCUGUUUCACAGUUAGUGUAACACAUCAGAAGUUUUGUGAAAAGCUGUCAUCCUGCCUUAUUAAAUUCCAAAUUAAAGUUGUGUUCACAAAAGACUAUAUUUUAAGUUUUGUGCUUCACAUUAAGUACAUUGAAGUAAUUAAAGGGAAGCAUUUUGGCUGUAGGCAUUGACUUAGAGAUAUUAACAAACAGUUUGUGCCAAAUAUGUUUGUGAAUGAGGUGAAGCUUUUGCCGUGACUGAAGUCGAUGAAAGAUUCUUGGUUUACAAGCAGCAGCAGGUGGCUGAACGGUGAACAAACCAUAUCUUCUGCCAACAUUUCGAAAACAGUUCCCAUCAGCUAGCAUGCAGCAAAGGAAUGGACCGGUAACCCAGCAACACUGAGAAUGAGAACAGAGAUUGUUUUCUAAACAUUGGCAGAAGAUAUGGUUUGUUCACUGUUCAGUUUGUAGCCCGAGAAUGUUUCAUGUUUGUUUAUAUUUGUACUUUAUUGAACAGAAAUAUUGCUCAUACCUUUAGGUAUUCAAUCAUGUUUAUUGAAAGUAUAUUACUGAAUGUUGCAUUUGAAUAGUUAACAUUCUUGCUUCAUGUUUCAGAGGCCCUGGUUUUGAUUCUUGAACACUGAGACUGGCAAUUGUGAUUGAGGUUCUAAUCAUUUUCCUUAGGCCCUUUGUAGUAGUUACCUUGAAAAGACGCAUUGACUGCUUCUUCCACAUCCUUCCCAGUUGAUCAUUCAUAUCUUCCCAUCUGACACUAAAACUUUUCUGGUGAGAAAGUGGUGAUAAAUCAACUAAGAAUUGAAUGAAUAUUGUAUACAUCAUCAUGCACAAAAUAUUGUUCUUAUAAAUGAUUUCCUUUGCUACACUACAUAUAGUUUCUUCUGAUUUUUGAAGAAUUAAUUUUUAAUUGCACCUCAUUACACUCUGGUUUUGGUGGUUCACCAUGAAACAUAAUGGAAUGUGAACUGUAGAAAUUACAUAAUUCCCAUAUAUUAAAAUAUAAUUCUUCACUGCCACAUGUAAAUACUAACUUGAGUUAAAAAAAUGUGAAACUACAUCUGUUCCAGAUUGCCAUUUGUGCAAUACAUGUUAUGUUGUAACAACAAAGUUUCAUGCAUCAAUCCAGAAGAGAAUGUUGUCCGAGUGUUUGCGGUGGUGACAAGGCAGUUGUUGUGUAUGUGAAAUCAUAAUUCAUAACACUUUGAUACCGAAUGGAGAUUUUUUAUAUCAGAGAUAUAAUGUAUUUUAGAAUGAUAUUGUGGGGUGAUAUAUAAUUUGUAGGGUUUGGUUUUUACACAACUAUUUUAUGAGAAAGGUUUGUGGCUUUGAUGUACCAUACCACAUAUAUAGAUGCUUCCAUACGAAAGCUUUGACCUACCAGUCAGCAUGGUGUCGGCUCUCAACGCUGGUUGAGCAGAUGUUUAUUCGAUUGUUCUUCCAUAACAGAGCAUUUUAACAUAGGUUUCUGUUAAUUAGCACAUACUUCAUUGCUGCUUGUUGAUUUUGUGUCUGGUCGCAAUUCAUGUGUACUUCAAUAUUGCUGUCAUCACUUUUCUAUUGAAUAUUGUAAAUCCGUAGAACAUCAUGACUCCAGUUUUUAUACCAUCUGCUUGCUAUGUAAAUGAACUUUUGCACGGUAGUUUGCAUUUAUUCUGUUCUUAUGUUGUGAAUUGUGCUGUGUAUGAUCAGUGUAUCAUGUCUCUACUGAUGGAAUUAGAAAAAACUGCAUUGGUAACAGA